GCACAUGUAAAGUCGCGCGCGUUUGUGUCUCCCUGUCCUUCAUAACCAUCGUAAUCAACCAUCGCGAACAACCAGCGUCCCUCGACAUGAACUAGCUUCCCGUCUCUCGCUCGACUCUGGCUUUUUCUUUUUAUUCGACAUCAUCAUGCUCCAGAGGGCAUCGGGAUACGCGACUCUCAUCCGCAAAAUAAGAGCGAACCAUUAGAACUCGAAGAAGCCUCACGCAUCAGCACCGAUCGCGAACCAUCAUAAUCAUCACAUUUGCCAUGGCUACCACCGCAGGCGUGGGCCCAUCAGGCUCCAGUGCCGGCCCUGCGAAUCGUUCUGCCAAGUCAGCUGUUGAUCCGAUCCUGCGCAACGCCCUGCGAUACACAAUAUCUGCCCGCGAAUAUGCACUGCUACACCGAUAUAUAAUCUCGCGCUCGCGGCUGCUUAAGAAACGCGCCCCCACUGUGGAUAGCGUGCAGAGGAUUAUGAACGGGAAGCCGCACAACCGUGGGAAGGAGCUGGAGUCUUCGAGCAGACGAGACAAGGGCAAGGCUAAGGAAAGAUCCAGUGGUGCCGGUGCUGGUGCUGGUUCUGACGAAGGCACAGCGCACGGGGAAGCAAGAGAUAUGGCACUCGGCGGCGCAGAUGAUUAUAAUGCGCGUGCCAUCCGUCACUCCAUCCGUGUCUUCCUUGCAACUGGCGCUUUGAUGAAGCUCUGGGGCCUCGUCUCCGGUCGGUUGAUGAAGAACAAACAGGGAGCGUCAUCAAACGGACAGAAGAAACCACCGCUACAUAAGUCUCCAACUCUCAGGCUCUCCCUGUCUCUGAGCACCAUCUUGCUGCUCUACCGACUGCUCUUCCGCUUCUUCACGCGUUUACGAGUCCACCUCCUCGACCCGUCGGCGGCACCGUUUUGCCAGCGCAACCCCCGCACGGCGAAUACCUUGACGUCGCCAUACGCCCCUGCCGUAGGUGCCUCCUUGGCAGGUCUUGCCCUGGGGAUAUACCCUGCUCAGCAGCUGAGGGUGUCGGUCGCCAUAUACGCUGCUUUCCGCGCUCUCGAGUUUGGGUGGAACUGCGCCGAAGACGGAGGCAUGAUCUGGGGCUGGGAAAAGGGCGCGAAUGGGAAGUCGGAGAGGAAACGGCUGAGGCCUUGGUGGUGGGGGAGCUGGAUGCUGCAGCCCUUUGCCUUUGGGCAGCUAUUGCAUGCGGUCGUGUUCGAUCGAGACUGCUUCCCGAAGGCUUAUGGCGACUUCAUAUUCAACAACUCAACGGCAUAUCUCCACCAGAGGCCUGACGACACCCCUGCCCGCGUUGGCUGGCCCAAUCCCUACCAAAUCGUUGAUAGCCUUGCCGAGAUGGCACGUCUCAACUGGCCGCCGUUUAUAUCUCCCAUUUUGUAUCCCAACAAGGACGACAUUCUCCCCCCGUCCCUGACCGCCAUCGCUCCCCUGACAUCUCGGGCGCAUCCGCUCAUCACCUCCCUCUCCUGCGCAACUCUCCAUCCCUCAGACCCGUCUUGCACCCGCACCUUCCUGACAUUCUGGUUGCGCUCCUUCCCGCCGCUCACGAAGUUCCUCCUCCUCAUAUACUCUGCCCUCCUGCUCCCUCGUCUCAGUAGCUUGUACCACUUCCCCGUCUCGACCAUCCACCGCCUCCUCGCCCGCGCGCUGCGCAUGUCGUCCUUCGUGACCGGGGCCAUGUCGACGGCCUGGGCGAGCAUCUGCUUCUUCCAGGCGUGGUUCCCGAGGGGCUUCCUACCCACGCAGCGCUUCUUCCUCGGCGGCUUCCUGGCCGGGUUCUGGGCGUGGGUCGAGCGCAGGCAGGGCCGGGGCGCGUUUCUGUACAGCGCCAGGGCCAGCGUCGACAGCCUGUGGAAGGUGGGCGUCAAGAGGCGGUGGUGGAGGGCCAUGAGGGGCGGCGACGUCUGGGUGUUCGUCCUGGCCAUGAUGCUGACGGGCGUUGUCUACGAGCGGGACGCGAGGGCGAUCAGGGAGGGGAACUGGCGGAAGGGGUUCAGCUGGGUGAGGGGCGAGGGGUGGAAGGACUGGGGCGUUGAGCCCGAGGAUGUUGAUGAUGACGAGGCGGGGGAGGAGGGGGGUGUGACAUUGAUGACAGAGUGAUUCAUUCCGCUCGUGUUUGGCAGUGGAUCUUGUGUGCGUCUGACGACUCUAUAAUGAUGUAUGAAUAUACUCUUUCGCCCGAAAUAGUACUAUGUUUAAGAUCUACGGCGGCACUACUCAUUCCACCAUCACCAUCCCGCGGUCUACAGUUGGACCACCCCUAACCUUCAACGCGCAGAUCCCCCCCUCAGCAGGUCUGACCCGCCCGUAGGCGCGCAGCGCAAACGCGGGUUAGGGGGCAUUCGACGCCGAUUUCCGUUGAUAGCGGCUUCGGAUACGAGCCGGAGAGAGACAAGUACUCGGUAAUCUGGAUGGCGGUUCGGCCGUAAUAUGGGGCCUCGGGAG